CCCAUCCGCCACGAGAUCAUCCUCGAGGACAGGACCGUACCUCCGCGCGGUUGCAUAUACCGAAUGAGCGAGGAAGAGUUAAGUGUGCUCCGCGCACAACUCGACGACCUUCUAGAGAAAGGCUGGAUUCGGCCUAGCUCACCACCAUACGGUGCUCCUGUUCUCUUCGUCCGGAAGGACCUGCGGUUGUGCAUCGAUUAUCGCAAGCUCAACGCGCAGACGAUCAGGAACGUCGGCCCUCUCCCACCCAUCGAUGAUCUUCUUGAGCGAUUGGGCGGCGCCCAGUUUUUCUCGAAGCUGGAUCUCAAGUCAGCGUACCACCAACUCGAGAUUCGCAAGGAGGACCGUUACAAGACCGCAUUCAAGCCACGGUAUCGGCAUUUUGAAUGGCUGGUUAUGCCAUUUGGCCUUACGAAUGCCCCGACCACCUUCCAAGUGGCUAUGACAACGGAGUUCCGACACAUGCUGGAUCGAUACGUACUUAUCUAUCUCGACGACAUCCUGGUGUACAGCCGGAGUUUGGAGGAGCAUGUGGAACACCUGCGCACCGUUUUGGAGCGGCUACGACAGGCCAAGUACAAAGCCAACCGCGACAAGUGUGAAUUCGCGCGGCAGGAGCAGGAGUACUUGGGCCAUUAUGUGACGCUGCAAGGCAUCUGUCCACUCGCGGACAAGAUCGAGGCCCUACGAGUAUGGCCCCAACCCACCAAUACCACGGACGUUCGUUCAUUCAUGGGAUUGGCGGGCUACUAUCAGCGACUCAUCACCGGAUACUCCAGGAUUGCUGCACCUAUGACGAGGUUACAGUCGCCAAAGGUGCCAUUCGUAUUCGAUGACGACGCACGCUGGUCAUUCCAAGUACUUAAGACGGCCAUGCUCAUGGCACCCGUCCUCAGCAUCUAUGACCCCACCUUGCCGACGAGAGUGACUACGGACGCUUCUGGCUAUGGCAUUGGGGCAGUCUUGGAACAACACGACGGCGAUGACUGGCACCAUGCGGAGUAUUUCAGCCACAAAGUGCCUCCCAUCAACUCGCUUGAUGAUGCAAGGAAGAAGGAGCUACUCGCGUUCGUCAUGGCUCUCAAGCGAUGGCGGCACUUCCUCCUUGGACGUCGUAGGUUCACAUGGGUUACGGACAACAAUCCAUUGACCGACUACAAGACGCAGGAUACGGUGAGCAGCACGAUCGGACGAUGGAUGUACUUCAUCGACCAGUUUGACUUCACACCGAAACAUCUACCCGGCCUCUCAAAUCGCGCAGUAGAUGCACUCUCGCGAAGACCAGAUCUUUGCGCUAUGGAGAAAACACACCCCCAUCUCCUCGAUGUCGUCUCUGAUGAUGGAAGCUCGCAUGCUUGCGGCGGAUACCACGUGGCAGCUGAUCGAAGGAUGAGGAAGGGGCACCGUGCAUGGAACUAAUACUCCGUUCCGAUCACGAAUGUGAACGGUGCGUUUGAAGAAGUUCACCGGGUGAUCCUCGCUUCGCAGCCAUGACAUGC